ACUUGUUAGAAAUAAUUAAUAAUUUUAUAAUAAUAUAGAAAUUAAAUCUUUUAUAAUUAUUUAUUAAAUUGUAAUAAAAUAAUAUAGAAACAAUUUGGAAUUUUUGGAACCAUUUGGAAUUUGUUUCUAAAUAUUUUACAUCUAUAUGCAUAAAAGUAGAUAUUAAAUUAACCAACGAAAACAUAAUUAUUAUCACAAGUUGUAAUCGAAAAAAUAAAUUGUUUUAUUAUAGAUAAUAAAUUGAAUGUUUCCAGUUUACACAAUUUCGUAUAUUUAGGUACAAUUGUAUAGUUUUCCUUUUAUACAUUUUAAAUAUUCGUUCUUUUUACAAAUAUUAAACAAAAGGAAAUUUUGAUUAGAAGGCAUGGAAGAAAUUGAUUCAAUAAUAUUUUGUACUCUUAAAGGGAUCGGUUGGUAAGUAAUUUAUUAAUUUGACUGUUUUGGUUCAGUAAAAUAUAUUUGAUAUAUCUAACUAUUAUUAAUUAUAUCCAAUAAAUACAAUUUGAAAUUUUUGUUGUUUAACUAGGAAUCAAUUUUACAAAUUCACUUUCGAAUCAUAUUGCAAUAUUACAUAUUAUAUGAUUUUAUGUUUCAACAAAGAAACAUAAACUUAUUCAAUUUUAUUUAUAAUCUGGUAAUCUUUUAUUAAUGUUAGUGUCAGAGUGAUUUGAAAAUUAUUAAAAAUAUAUAUGUUCAGGCCACUUCAAUUUUUACCAUGUUUUGAUACCAUGUUGAUAGCUGUAUACUUAAUUAUAACCUUUGUUUAAGGAAAUAUAAAAAUACACUUGUAGAAACUUUCAUCAUAGAAUUAACAUCAUACAAAUUUGAUUAAGAAAACCUAUUUCAGCCGAAACAAUUACUAUGACAUUGCUUGUACAAUUACAAUAGUGGCAAAUUCAGGAUUUUUCAAUGGGAGCUUAGCUAAAAAAAAAAAUGUUUUGCAAAAUAAAUAGUUUUGUAGUAAGUAGGUACAAUUAUUUGUACUUGGCCGAAUUCGUAAUUAGUGCAAAUGUGUAAUUAUUAUUAUUUAAUUAAUAACUAUCUGAAAAACUGCAUUUUCCGAACUCACCUUUAUUCUUAAGACGUCAUGGUAAAUAUUUGUUACUCUAUAUUUUAUCUCCUCUUCCUUGACCAUGACAACCAAAUUAAAUAAUAGACGCUUGUCGUCAAGGUAAUUCAUAAAUCAACAAAAAAUGUUAAAUAUUUUCAUUCUAAUAUCAUUUAACGAACAUACAAUCAAAUUGAGAAUCUCCCCUUUUUUGAAGUCUGUUAAAAAUACCAAUAACUUUGUAUCAGCCACUCUUGAGGGGUUGAAUUUCAAAAUAAAAAAUAGACAGUCACUUUUCCCUUGUUUUGAAUGUCAAAUGUGAACAUUUUGAUCCAGAUUUUGAACUUGGUUUUACAUAUAUACAUAUAAAGAUAAUUUUUCAAUGCUGAAUACUCGCCUGAAUAGUUUAUAUUAUUAUUAUUAUUUUUUUUUAUAAAACAUGGUCAAUAGACUGUAGGAUAGGUUAAUCUUUAAAGGAUAAUUCCUUUUAGGUACGUUAUUACCUAUAGUAGGUAUAUCUAUUUUCCACUGUUUUAAUCUACAUUCGACCAUUUAAAACAUAAAAUUAUAAAUAAAUAAAAUAUUUAAAUGACUUUCCCAAUACACCAUACUCUGUCUCACAAGAGAAAGUGCUCAUUUUUUCGCACCACUUUUGCCUGUUUGGUUACGAUUUUACAUAGUAAAGAGUGGGAGAAAUUUGGCCUCAGUGCUCUCGCCUAUGCGUGGAUCGUAUACCUUCUCUCAUGAGAGAGAGUAUAGACAAACAUUUUUUUUAUCAAAAACCAUCCCUAAAUUGGAAAAUGGUUUCUAGUAGUAAAGAGUAAUAAAGUACUUAGUAUCUAAAAAUACCUAUACAACACUGCAACUUGUGUGUUGCUUGGGCUUUCUUUCAUCUUUUGCUGCCUUUGGUACUAUAAGGUUAAAAUAAAACAAAAUACCAUACAAAAUAGUAAAUACCUAGAUUUUUAAUAUUGCAUGAUUGAUGGAGAAAUGUUUUUAGAAAUAGAAAAUAUUAGAAGGUAGGUAAUACAAUUGAUAUCAGAUUCUAGUAAAAAAUUUACAAAAUUAUGAAAUUCUAUAAAAAUAUAGAUAGGUACAUUAUUUAAUAUACAUUUAUAAAGAAUGCAUUUAUUAUGAUGCCGUUAUCAAUAAAUACAAAUCAAUAUCUGAGUUAUAAGCCAGGACACCGAUCAUUUACUUGGUUUCUCAGCCACUCAGCCUUUGAUUCAUAUUUUCAAUAUCAUCAAUAAAAAUUUGAAACAAUUUACUAAAAUCAGUAAUUUUGAAUGAAUUGAUAUUUAAAUAUCAUCAAUGUGGUGUAUUAGAAUAUGUAUUAGAUCUUAUUUAAAUUACAAGUAAUAUUAAAAUUAAACUCUUUUACUACUUAUGUUUAAGUAGAUAUUUAACUGCUUUAAGUAUAAAUAACAAAUAUUUUGUUGGUGAAUAGAUAAAGUUUUAGUGAUUUUAUAAUGACGACACACCAUUCCCAAUAUUAUUAUAUUUUAAUCAUAAUCAUUUUAUAUUGUCUUAUCUAGUUUAUAUUGUGUGUAUUAAUAUUGUUUUAUUUAGUGAGUUCUCAGAAAAUGAAACUGUAUUGACUAAUGUUGCUCAAGAAACUUUUAUAAAUGCUAUAAUACUAUGCUUGCAAAAAAUCCAACCAACAAUUAAUUUACCUCUCAUCAUUCCAAGGUCCAUGUCCGCUAGAUAUCAGUAUGGAAUCACAGUAGCAGAAGCUUGUAAGGUAAGACUAAUAUUUAUAUAAGUAGCCUAUACAAAUAUGUACAUUUCUGUACCUAAAUACAUUUUUGGGAUGCUGUAUGGGAUUUACAAAACUCAGUUUUAAGCAGUACACUAUCUACCCAAAUAUAGUAUUGAAUUGCCAUAUUUAUUUAUAUUAAUUUUUAUAAUCACUAGUAACAUUAAUGAAUUAAUUACUUAUUAUUAGAGCCUGGAUUUAUAUGCAUUUGUAUGUUUGUUUUUUUUUAACAGUCCACAAAGUAGGUAGCUAGAUAAGCUAUACAUUUGAAUUAUAGUCAAUAGAUCCAAAAUACAAAGUUUUAUUUUGCAUGUUUUGUCAUUUUUUAAUGUGUACUGUAUAUUUCUGUAUUUUAUGAUUUUUUAUUACAUAUAUUUAUUACAUUUAUUAUAGUUGAAUACUUAAGUGUCUCAAACCUAUUUGUUUUAUUAUUGUUCGCAAGGCAUUUGUUUUCUUAUAUUAUCAGGACUAGUUUUUGUAAUCAUUUUUGUUUACAUAUUUUGCAUAUUUUAAUGAUAAUUAGUGUUUAAAUACAUGCAUAUUUCAUACUUUUUAGUGCAUAUAAUUCCGGGCCCUACUUAUUAUACUAAUUUAUUUUAUUACUAUUUUUAUUUUCUUAAGACAGAGUUUUUCAACCUAGGAACUGCAGUCCCCUUUUAUGAACUUUUUGUUUUAAACUAAAAUUGUCGUUUUCAUCUGUAAGGAAAUAGUCAAAUAUUGUAUCCAUGAAUGAAUAAAGUGAUAGCUACCAUUCUUCUUUCAGCUACUUUUCAAAUAAAGGUGAAGCACUAUUUAUUUUAAUAUUGUACCUUUUUUUUAUGACACAACAAAUAACCUCAAUAUAUUGAAUAUGUACUUGUCAUUCAAAGAUCAUUGUGGUACUAAAUAUCCAUGAUCUUUGCACCUAUGAACUAAAAUUUCAUCAAUUAGUUUCAGAAAACUGUUAAAAUUGAUUAUUAAUUUGAAUGAUUGAUGUUAUUGGAAUGAUAAAUAAAAUACUAAAUAAUACAAAUUACAGUUUGCUAUACUUAAUAUCUCUACAAAAACUCGCUAAAAAAAAAAAAAAAACUCAAGUUAGAAAAAUUGUGAUAUUAAAAAAAGCUAAGUAGAUUUUUAAAUUCAUUAGUGUAAAAAUUUAAUACAAAUAACUAAACUUAGCUUGGUGGCUAUUAACAUUUACGACCACAAAUAAAGAUACAAUGCCCAUAUGAAUAUUUACAUCCCCAUUUUAUAAUUUAUUAAUAUUACCAUAGUACUAUUUAAGCACAUACUAUGAGUAGCCAUACUAAGAGCUAGCCACCCAUCUAAGUUUGUAUUGAAUUAUCGCAGUUCAUCAAAUACAAACAAUUUCUAUACCAAUGAAUUUUAGAAAUUACUUAUAGUCCCUUUUUGAUAUUACAACUUUUUAACUUGAUUUCUUUUUAUUAGUGAGGUUUCUACACGUAGUUGACAGAAGGUUUUGGUUGAAAUAUCACUUAUUUUUUUAUUAAAACUUUGUAUGUAGUUAACCCAUGUUUUUUUUUUUUAUUGAUUUGAAAAUUAUGGGGACAAAAUAUCUUUAUUGUUUUAUGGAUUAAGUAAAUGAAUAUAUUAUGAUGUGUAUAGUUAUGAAUAUAGCUUAUUAUGAAUUUUGCUGGAAAAUGAUACUAUAGUAAUACAGCGAUAAAAUAAAUAAAUAAAAUUGUUGUUUAUUCAAACACAAAUAGAUGGUAACAACAUAUAUUUUGUUGAAUUGUUGAAAAAAAUAGUGCUUCGAGUAAAAACUAUGCUAAUAUUUUUGCAUAUCACUCAGGCUGUAAUCAUCUAAUAAAUUUGAAAUUUACAAAAGUAUCAUUUAUUUAACAUACUGAUCAACUCCGUAAAUUUUAAAACAAUUAGUUCAUUAGCUUAGGUUACAGAGAGGACAAUUACACAUGAUGCACAUGCUCUUUUUUUUACUUUGCCUUUCAAUUUUAAAAUUAUUUAGUAGAUCUCGUAUGACAACAUAACCCAUUUUGUGAUGGUAUACUAUUUGCUCAGUGUUUACAUAUUUAUUUAUAUUUUUCAGAAAGUCGGUUAUAAGUAUGAUAUUGGUUAUCAGACUAUUCUGUAUGGUAAUAUUGUAGACAUAAGAAGAAUAUUAAUGUUUUUAAUUGAACGUUUACCUAAAGAAAGAGAAGAUAUUAAAGAAAAUAUGAGUAUGUGAUCAUAUAUUUUGUUUUAUUUAUGAUGUGUCUCAACUUUUAUUGAGUAACUCAUGAUAAAUGGUUUUUGUUGUAUGUUAUAUUAUUUAAAUAUCAUAACUCAGUUUUAAUUUUUAUAAUUUGUAUUAAGGUAAACGAUAUUCAAUAUUAAAAAUACUCAAAGAAAGUUUAUUGUUAAAAAAAAAAAAAAUGAAUUCAACAUUGUUUUCAAAUUACCCAUUUGUAUCUGUGCCAUUAGAAACUGGUAUAACUAUGCCAGGACUUAAACGAAAUUGUACACCUGCUGGUAAGAUCAAUUAAAAUAAAUCAAAUUAUUUUUAAAAUUGUAAAAUUAUUAUUUUUUGUUUAUUAUAACCCUAUUUAUGUUACUAUACUGUUAUUUUAUUCUGCAUUUUUGUUUUAAAUGCAUUUAAAUAAUUAAUAGUGUACAAAUUAUAACUAUUGUGUUUUAAUUUGAAACUAUUAAUAUAUUUUUAAACAACUUUGAGAAGGUCAGAAACAUUAAGUUAUUUAAUUUAUACAUCUAUAUAAAUCAUUGCUAAUAAAAAAAAACUAUUCUAAGCAAAGUUUGAUUAAAAAUGUUUUGAAAUAGCAACAUUUUUAUAAUUUUAUGAAAAAUUUGAACUAAUUAUGAAAUAAUUAAUAUAUUAUGUUUAUUUUAGAUUCUGAGUAAAGCAAAGGAGCUUAUAGUUUUACAAAGAUGUUUAUUUUAUUUUUAUCUAUAUACAACUUUUCUACCAGAAGAUUUGCUGUAGAUUUCUACAUGUAGCAUCUUUUUAGAAAGAAAAUCGGCUUGGGUAGGCACUUUAUGUAGGUCAUUUUUUGAUUUUUCCAAGAGUUUUUCCAGCACAUAAGAAAAACCAGGUAAAGUAUGGGAAAAACAUAGGAAAACUGGGAAAAUGUUUAAAGAAAAUAAAUAUAAAGCCUAUUUAAUUAUUUUAAUAUAAAAUGACAUAUAUAUUGUUGAUAAAGUAUCACUAUUAACUGAACUGUGCUUAGAAUGGUUUUUUUCAUAAGCAAUGGUUUAUUGUUGCUUACAGGUAUCCAUUAAAUUAUCUAUAACAGUGGCUGCACUUGUCUGCAUUAUUUUUAAUUUUGACUACCAAGUAUAAUCUUUAAUUAACAGGUAUUUUUGCUUCAAUGGAAAUCAAAAAUAUUUCUAUUCAGUUAUGCCUUAAAAUACAACACUGCUCCUUUCUCCAUCAGUAUCUAUUAACCAGGAUAGUUUUAUAAGUGGUAGUAGCAUAUAUAAUUUACACAUUAUAAACUUCAUACAAUUGGUAUUCAUGGCCCUUUACUAUCUUGGAUUUCGUUCUACAUAUUAAACAGAACAUAAAUUGUAAAAUAUAACAGUUUCUAUUUUAAUCCAUUUAAUGUUUUGUUCUUUACUAUUUUAUAACUUAUAAAAGAUCUCAUCUUUUUACAUUUAAGGAAACCUUUGUAAUACCAAUAAACAAUUUGUUUUGUUUUUAUUUUAUUCUAAAUUUAAGAAAAUUCACCAAGUUGAUGUGAUUUGUUAAUUUGUUAUAUUAAUUUAUAAGUUUAAAUACUUAUUAAAAUUUAAAAUGUACAGUAUUAUCACUAUUAUAAUAAACUUCAAAAAAAAAAAAAAAUUUCAGUCGUUAUAAAGUUUUCUACUUUUUAGUAAUUUUAUGUGUAAUGUAUAUGUUUUAUAGCAUAUAUUACCAGUCCUGGUUUUAAGCAUCAAAUUUAAUAUUAUUUAUGAACCAAAUUUUCUGUACCAGUCAUUAUUAAAUUUGUUUCACAUUUUUGGUUUGUCAAAAAGAAGAAAAAUAAAUGAUUUAUAAUUCUUAUUUAAACUUGUAAGUGGUUAUAUUGAUUGCUCACCCCUCCCUGUGGCGUAUUUUCAUUUGAGUGCUAUCCAUAAUGUGUCCAAGCCAUUGAAAUUUAAAUUUUAAAUAAAUAUACAUUUAAUAGCUUAAUAAUUACUAAAAUGUUUUGAAAUUGUAACACAUCUAGAAUAAAUUUCUAGUAAAAAAAUAUUGUUUACAAUUAAAAAACAAAAACAACACCAAAGUAUAAGCAACAAUACAUUCCUGCUGUGCUUAGGAUCUAAAAUUGUAUUUUACACUUCAGUUUAUUUGUUUCAUUCCAAAAUAUAGUUUUACAUUUCUUUAUUUAAUUUUUGUUUGGCAGCUACCUAAAUGAACCAACAAAUUUAUGAUUCUAAUUCUAACAUUAGGUCACAAUAGUUAAUCCAAUUUUCAUUGUAAGAGGUGAGGAGUUGGGUUCAAUGUCUGUAUAAAAAUUGUGUAAUAUAGUUAGAAAAGUCUUAUGUAAGGCUUGGGUGUUUGUUCCAUUUGGGUUAUAUGUGGGAACAAAACAAAAAAAACAAAGAGGAUAUGUAACAUUCAAUUCAGUGUUGUUGGAUGAAGUGUAGAUAAAUUCCAGUUGUUUUAUGUAACAAAAUACUUCCAAUGAGACUUAAAGGUAAUUUCUACAAGAAUGUGGUGAGAUAUACGAGGUAGUUUACAGUUUGACUUCAAUAAUAUAACAAUAAUAGCAAAUACACUGAGAAUAGAUGGUUUGGGCAUGUCAUGAGCUGAGAAAAAUUAGAAGUAAUAAGAAUGUAAGACUAGUAAUGAAAAUAAACAUAGGAGACUAUGAGGAAAACUGAAAAAGAGAUAAUUGGAUGAGAUUGAGAAUAAUAUGAGGACACUCAACAACAAUCAAUGUAUUUGAUAUAGGAGAUUGGGUCAAGUAGAAGUUAAGGACAAGGGUAGCCAAUUCUAAAUAUCUGGGAUGAAGGUGAAGAAGAAGAGAACUCAUGUAAAGAAUCAUGUGAAACACUUUUUAGAAAAUAGUUUUGUUUAAUUGAUUAUUUGUACUUGGAAAAAGAUAAUUUUAGAACCAUCGAUCAAUUUUUAGUUCUGCACCUAAUACCACAAUUUUUAUACACAAAAAUCUAUUCUAAAAAGUUUCUUCAAAUUAUGUUCUCACUAUUAAAGUUUUAUUCUGUCCAAUUAAAAUUUAAAAUAGUUUAAUAUUUAUGAACUUAAAUGUUUGCAUGAAAAGUAAAAUAUUAUAAAAUGUACUAUACAUGUUUGUUUUUUGUUUUUUAGAAUGGAGAAAUUUCUGCAUUAGUAAUUUAAAAUAUAUCACUGAACAGCCAGUUGAUUUGAAAUAUUUAAUCCCUUCAUUAAUUACUCUUAAUACUAAGAGACUGUUGGAUAUAUAUGGAUUUAAACUUGAAACUACUGAUGAUUUAUCAAAGGUAAAAAUUAUAGAUCACAUAUCCCUAUCAGUAAACUUAAAGAAUAGUAAUUAAAAUCUGUAAUGAUUACCACUACAUUUAUUAGCAAGUUUAACCAUAAACAAAUUGAAUUGUAAAUUAUAAUUAUUAUUAAUAUUGCAUAUUUAUAAUUGAUUGGGCACUUGGAUUUUUAUAUUUUUAUUAAAUUGUCUAUUUUUUAGCCUAAAGAUUCUUAUAAAAAAAUUAAAAGCAACCAAAAAAAAAAUAUUUCCGACAUUGUAAUAGUAAAUAAUUGUAGUAACAAUAGUAAUUUGACUACAAGUAGUGUACAAAGUGAAUCAAAACAACUAGAAUCAAUACAAAUAGAAGAAUUAGUUGUCAAAAAUAAUGAACUGAAAAAUUUAAUCCAAAAAGUAAAUUGUUCACUAUUUAAUGAUUAAAAAAUAUAUUGUGAAAUUGUGUAUGUUUUGUGUAGGCAUAUUCCACAAAAGGAAAUCUUAUGGCAAAAUUAGAAAAACUUAAAAAAGAAAGUAUUGUUCGUGAAAAAAGUUUAAAUAUUGUUCAUAAUCAAGAAAUUAUUGCCAAAUUAAAAAACAAAAUAGAGGGAUCACCAGAGAAAUUAAAACGAAUGAAUUGUAAAUGGAGUAAAUAUGAAACUGAACAAAAGUUAAUUUUAUCAGAAUUAAAUGAAGAAAAUAAUAAAAACAGAGUAAGAGUACUUAACUACUAUGUAUUAUGUAAAUAUUUAAGAUGAUUCUAUAUACUCAUUUAUUGUUGCUAUUUUUCUAAAAUAUUGCCAAACACAAAUGUUACAGUCAUAUUAAUUUUUAGUUUUUUUUUAAAUACCUAACAUUAACUUUUUCCAAUUUUUUUUAUCAAUUUUUUAGAAAAAGUGUUACUUAAGACUUAAAUUAAUCAAUGCACAUUUUCUUUUUGGAAAUGGAUAUUUUUAAGAUAUUUUAUUAUAUUGUUUAAUUUUGUUUGCAAUUGUAACAUAAAAAUUAAACUAUAUAAACUAAUAAAUAAUUAGAAUCUUUAAAAAUGGUUUAUAGCAUGCAUUAUUUUUUCCUUAUCCAUAACAAUUAUUGUUAUUUUCAGGCUAAUAACAAUAAACUAGAAAUAAUUUAUGGAAAUGAAAAAUCAAAACUACAAAAUAUUUUUGAAGAAAUAAAGAAAAAAGAAGAAAUUAUUAAAAUAUGUAGAACUGAUUUAGAAUCUAAAACAAAUUAUAAUUCGAGGUUUAUAUAGUUUAACUAUUUAAGUCAGUGAUGACCAGUCCUCAAUCAUUAACUGGCCCACCAAAGUAUUAAAUCAAAAUUUCAUAUUUCAAAAAUUAACACUAAAUUUUUUUUUCUCAUAUAUACAAUCAAUAUAUAAUAAACAAUUAAAUUUUUCUUUGAACCUGUAUUAAGAUGAACCUAUAAUAUAAUAUAAUAUAAUAUUCUAUAAAGUUUAAAUUCUUGAAUCAAUCAAGUUUUUUUUUUCAUCGCCACUGUAAAAAAGAAAGUUGGUCACCACUGAUUUAAGUAAUUAAAUACUAAUCUAAAUAUAUUGAUUUUCACUCAGGUCUAGCUAUACUCAAAGAAUAUUAGAAAUUAUAUCAAAUAUUGAAAAACAAAAAGUUGAUAUCAAUACAAAUUUAAAGGAUACCAGACAAGUGCAAAAAGAAAUAAACUCUUUAGAUGGUAAAGUGGAGCGAUGUUUCAUAUUAAUUGAUGAAUUAAUGUUUAAGGUAUUUGAGACAUUAAAUAAUUUAUUUUGUGAUAAUUUACAGUAAUUAUUCUAUGUAGGUUGCAAAAAAAGAUGAAAUAAUCAGGAAAUGUUAUAAACUAUUAGCUGCUAUUCAUUCUAAUAGUUCUAGCAUUAUAGCAUCAGUUAAACAAACUGGUACAAUCAGAAGAGAAAUAAAAGAUUUGGAAGAACAAGCAAGUUUUUAUAGAUAUUUAUAUAUUAGAGUGGUCUCUAUUUUUUAACUUAAAUAAUUAUAUAUAAUGGGCUUGGAAUUUUAUUAGGCACACUGUAAAAAUAAUUUCUGUUAAUUUUUGAGUAUGAUAUUAUUGAGUGAAUCUCUUUAUGUGCCUCAAAAGGGUUAAGGUUUGUAAAAAAAAGUUGUUUUUUUGGUUUUUUACAUUAAUUUUUAUAAAUUUUUUAAUGUACAAAAAAUUGAACAGAUGCUUUAUUAUUGUAAGAGAUUUCUUACAAAAUAACUCUCUUUAACAUUUCAGUAAAACUUACCAGUGUUUGUAAAAAUAUAUUUAAAAGUUGGUAAAUUUGUUAUAGUGAAAUUCAAGAUUUUGUAAAAUAUCAAAUCUACCAAUUUUUUAAUCAAUUUUUUAUGGUAGAUUUCUCUAAAAUUAUAAAAGAGCUAUUAUGCCUUUUUUUACAAUGAUAAGUUUUUGAUACAUUUUUUAUGUGAUAAAAUAAAAUUAACGUAUAAACCACUCCUUUUUACAAACUUCAACCCUCUUGAAGCAUUUAAAGGGAUUAACUUAUCAAACUCAAAAUGUAUAAUAAUUAUUUUUGCAAUGUACCUACAGAAUUCUGAGCUGGUGAAUUAUUAGAAUAUUAGACAAUUAUUUUAGUCAAAUAUCUAAGGAACACCCUAAUAUAUAUUAUAUAAUAUUUUAUAGAAUGUAACAGGACUAUUAAACAAAUAUAAUAACUUUUAGAUUCUGAAUGGAACAAAGAAGCUUAUAGUUUUACAAAGAUGUUUUUUUUUUAUUAAAUUUGAAAAUUGAAAACCAGGAAAAUAUAAGAAAUUUAGGUAUUGUUUAAAAUAUAUUAUGGCCUUCUUUUUUUCUGUGUGCAACUUUUAAAUUAGCAAUUUUGCUCCAACUUAAAAUUAAAGCAAUUUUUCUAAUAGGAAAUUUCUUCAGCGAAGUACUUUUAAAAGCUUAUUUUUUAAUUUUCCUAAGAGUAGUUUUCCCAGCAAAUGUGAAAAACUGAUAAAAUGUGGGAAAACCGGAAAAUCAGUACAACAUUAAGCAAAUAUUAUUAAAGAAAAUAUAUACAAAGCCUUAUUUAAUUAUUAUACCAUAAAUGACAUAUAUUAUUGACAAAGCAUUGUUUUUAAUAAGGAAUGGUUUAUCAUUGCAUUCCAGAUAUACAUUAAAAUACCAUAUGGUAAAUAUAAAAUUAUCUAUAACAGUGGCUGCACUCAUCCCAUUAGCGUAAAACGUCUUUCAUUGUUUUUUCAUUGAGUUUAUUUAAAUUUUAUUUUGAAAAUUAUUAUAACAUGUAAAGUUACAUUUUAAAUUCAAAAAAAAGUCGAGAAUACCAUUUUGUAUAUACAGUUUUUAGAAAAAUGUUAAUAUCAAAACCAUUUACUAAGUUGAAGUUUUGUGAAAUACAAUAUUUUUAUGUUUUUUAAUUUUUAAAUUAUAAAUUUGAUUUCUUCAUAAUAUAUUGUACAAUUUUAUUAAUUAAAGCUAUGAGUUUGAUAACCGGGUACCAUUUAUUGUUAAUAAAAUUAGCAAGAAAUAAAUAUGAAUUUUUCAAACUUUAAAAAUUAUAUACUUAAAUUAAUUGAUAGUUUUAAACAUCAAUAUUUUUUUUUUUUUUUUAACUUGUAAGAAAAAUGUUUAUUAUAUAAAAUACAUUUUUAUUUGAUUUAUUGUUAUACGAGAGCUAUGAGUUAUAUUAUAGUCUCAUUACUUAUUGGUUAGACCUCUUGUAUAUAAUUUUAAUUUUUGUUAUAAAGGAAUAAACUAAAAUAUAAAACUUAUAACCAGAGCUCUAGUUAUUACAAAAAAAAAAAAAAUGAUUCAAUAGUAAAAUAGUUAUUACCUUUGUUAAAUAGUCCUGUUACUACUUGUAUAUACAAAGCCAUUCGAAUUACAGAUACAGUCAAGUUUUCCAUGUAAUACUUUGUUUUUUUCAAAAAAUGGCCCAAGUAAAAAAACUUUUCAUAUCAUGUUUUAAAAUGUUACAUUGUCUUUAUUUUUGAUAAUUUUGGUAAAAUGACUAUCUUUGAUCUUCAAAUGGAAACCUAUAUUUAAAAUUCUAUAAAUAGAUGGAGUAUUAAUUAAAAUGCGUUUUAAUGUUAACAUUUUUGAUUUCCGUCUGUCAACUCCUUGACAAUAUAUUCCAUUAUUAAUUUUGUGUAAAAGAGAGUAGUAGAAUACUAUUCAAAUCUUGCCACCAUUCAAAUGAUGCUUUACUACUCUCCCCCUACUCAAAAUUAAUAGUGGACUUAAAAUUAAGGACAAUGAAACAUUUAAGAAUAUAUGAUUUCAAAAAGUACACAUUAUUUGUUGAGAUAAUUAGUUUUUUAUGGCAAACUUUACUAUAUUAUGAAAUUUUAAUGAUCCUGUGUAUUUUUAAUUAUUUUUAGCUUGAAAAUGAAAAUGCACGCCAUACCCCCGCUAAUAUACAAAAACUUAAAAAGGAUUUGGAACUUGUGAAAAAGGAACAAAUGUUGUUAUUACAAAAACUUGAAAAUUGAAAAUAUGUAAACUGCUAACUAUUUUGUGUUCAGUGUGUAAAGAAUAUGGGAUACUUCAGUACAUUUUAAUUUUUGUUACAAUUUAACUCCCUAUGCAAUUAAUUUUUAAUGAAUAUUGUUAAACAUACAAGAAAAAUUAAUUUAAAACUUUUAUAAUAAUAAAAAAAUGUUUCAUGUCUAUUUAUAUAUUAUAACAGAGGUUGGCAACAAUUAAAAUUGUUAGUCUUAUUUAAAAAAUGUUGAAUUAUUAUGUAAAAAUAUAACUGUUUAACAGUUAUAAAUUAGAAAGUAAUGAAAUUACAACCGUUUAAAUAUUCAUUGAACUCAGCACAGAAUGAUUUGCGUACAUUAGAUAUACAUUAAAUUUCCUCUUUACCUUUCCAACUUGUUGUUGCCUAUAACAGUGGCCCACCCACAUGUAAAGUAUGUCAGUCUUUUUAUUUUGGAACUUAAAUAAUUAGGUAUGAUACAAAUUUUAAUAUUAUGCAUAAAAGUUUUACAAUAAUUGUCAAUAAUAUUUAUUUAAAUAAAUGAUAAUAGGCAAGAGUUCAAAUUUGUUUUCAAAUAAUAUUAUAAAAUAUUCAAUAAUGUACAACAUAAUGUCUUGUGUAUAUAUCAUAUAAUCUGACAACACAGUGCAUUGUAAAACAUGAUAAAACCAUUGUUUUUAUAUUAAACCUUUUUUCACUAUCAUCUGAUGUGUUAGCCUCACUUCGAUUAGUAAAGAGGAAGAGUUAAUAAAUUAAACAAAUUUACUGGCCACAAAUUUCAAAAAUUAAGAAUAGAAUUUUGUUAGGACAUACUUUAUCUUAUGUUAUACCUAGACUGAAACCCAAAAAUUAAAAUAUCAAGAUAAGAUAGUUGUUGAGAUACUACAUGAAAUUAUUAUAAUUGGAGCAUUUGUCCAAUCUAAAGUGCCCGGUGAAAGAAAAAAAAAACACUAUAAUCAAUGUUUAAAAAUUGUGUAGACUAAUAAAUUGAAUAACUACAUUUAAUAUCAUCAAAGUAAAUCAUAUUAAUAUUUAUUAAUACUCACGUGAUAUUACAAUGUUAAAAAAUAAUAAUUUUAUCUAUCAUAUGCUUGCAGUACUUAUUACAAUGCUUAAAAAAAUGAUUUUAUAGGUGCCCAUGGUAAUAUAAAAACAAUUUUAAUUUAGAAGCAUAAUCAAAAUUAAACCCAAAAUUGACGAGUUCAUUACAUUUCUUAGGCAAGCAGUAAAACAUAUUCUAAUUAUAUUUUUUUAAAUAUGUUAAGUUAAUGUUAAGUCUUAGAGUAUUCUAGUUUCCCUUAUUUUAUUCAUAAUGUAUAAUUUUUUAAUUCUUUUCUAUAAA